AUGUAUUUGUGUUUUUUGCGUGUGCGCUUUUGUGUCGUCGCUGCCGUCGGUGGUGCUACUGAUGCGACCGAGGAGGAGCGGAGGAUGAGAUUGCCUCAAAUUGAUUCCCUUCGCCACACGUCCCCCGCUUUUGCGCUUGCUGCUAUAGGCCUGCAGCGCUUUCAGACAGGCUGUGAAUACCCUGCAUCUGAGAAAUCAGACCAGACUGACUCACAGGGCUCUGUGAGCCAGUGCCACAGAGGCUGCCAAAGCAUGCUGGUGCCAAGCUGUCCCACCAUGCACACAGCCACUCUGCUGCUGCCACCGCUGCUGGGCUUGCUCCUGCACCUCGCCGACGCUCAAACACCACCAAAGUUUUUAAGAACCCCCAAUGACCAAACAGGCGUGCAAGGAGGUGUGGCCUCUUUCAUUUGCCAGGCAACUGGAGAUCCUCGGCCAAAGAUUGUGUGGAACAAGAAGGGGAAGAAAGUCAGCAACCAGAGAUUCGAGGUGAUAGAGUUCGACGACGGCUCUGGUUCAGUGCUAAGAAUUCAACCAUUGCGCACGCCUCGAGACGAAGCCAUAUAUGAAUGCGUUGCCUCCAAUACUGUUGGAGAGAUCAGCGCUACCACCAGGCUCACUGUUUUACGUGAGGACCAAUUACCCCAGGGUUUCCCCACCAUAGACAUGGGCCCACAGUUGAAGGUGGUGGAGCGGACUCGCACCGCCACCAUGCUCUGUGCAGCUAGUGGUAACCCGGACCCUGACAUCUCCUGGUUCAAAGACUUUCUACCCGUCAACACCACCACCAACAACGGCCGCAUUAAACAGCUCCGAUCAGAAUCCUUUGGUGGUACACCAAUAAGAGGAGCACUGCAGAUUGAGCAAAGCGAGGAGUCCGACCAGGGCAAGUAUGAGUGUGUGGCCACCAACAAUGACGGGACCCGCUACUCCGCUCCGGCGAAUCUCUACGUCCGAGAGCUACGAGAAGUCCGCAGAGUGCCGCCUCGCUUUUCCAUCCCGCCAACGGACAACGAGAUCAUGCCCGGGGGUAGUGUGAACAUCACGUGCGUGGCCGUGGGGUCGCCCAUGCCCUACGUCAAGUGGAUGCUGGGAGCCGAGGACCUGACGCCAGAGGACGACAUGCCGAUCGGACGCAACGUGUUGGAGCUCACCGACGUGCGGCAGUCGGCGAACUACACCUGUGUGGCCCUGUCCACGCUCGGGGUCAUCGAGGCCGUGGCACAGAUCACCGUCAAAGCAUUUCCCAAAGCUCCCGGUGUCCCCGACGUGACCGAACGUACGGCCACGAGCAUCACCCUCACCUGGGACUCCGGGAAUCCCGAGGCGGUCGGCUACUACAUCAUUCAACACAAGUCCAAGCAUUCUGACGAUAACUACAAAGAGAUCGAUGGAGUGGCCACAACCCGCUACAGCGUGGGAGGCCUCAGUCCGUACUCCGACUACGAGUUCAGAGUGGUGGCGGUGAACAACAUUGGAAGAGGACCGCCCAGCGAAACCAUCGAAGCCAAAACCGCAGAACAGGCUCCAAGCACGGCUCCGAGGCAGGUUCGCGGGCACAUGCUCAGCACCACGACCGCUGUGAUCCAGUGGGAUGAGCCGGAGGAAGCCAAUGGACAAAUUAUGGGAUACAGAGUCUAUUAUACAAUGGAUUCGACGCAGGACGUGAACCUGUGGGACAAGCAAAUCGUGAGAGGGGCCAACUUUGUCACUAUCCAAGGUUUCACUCCCAAUAAGACGUACUACAUCAAAGUUUUGGCUUAUACUUCAGUGGGUGAUGGACCGCUUUCACCGGAUCUUCAGAUCAUAGCCAAAACAGGAGUUCCAUCCCAACCAACUGACUUCAAAGGGGAAGCCAAAUCAGAAACAAGCAUCUUACUUUCAUGGGUCACACCAGCACAGAGCGGCCAGGAGAACCUGAUCACAGGAUAUGAGCUGAUGUAUAGGAAAAGGGACGACAAAGAAGAGAAGCGCAUCAGUUUUGAACCCACCACCACAUACCUGCUGAAGGACUUGAAGCCUUUCACAACUUAUACUUUCCGGCUGGCUGCUCGCAGUAAACAUGGAGUGGGGGCUUACACCAACGAGAUCUCGGCAGAAACCCCUCAGACACAGCCCUCUGGCCCGCCCCAGGACAUCCAGUGCCUCAGCUCCACCUCCACAAAGAUCUUGGUAAGUUGGCGGCCACCUUCAACGGACUUACAAAACGGGAUUAUAACAAAGUACGCCGUCCAAUACACUGCCAUUGAUGGAGAGGACACGACAAUGCAUCAAAUCGACAACAUACCCCCAGAAACCACUCAGCAGCUUUUGGAAAAUCUGGAAAAAUGGACUGAGUAUCGCAUCACCGUCAGCGCUCAUACAGAUGUGGGUUCAGGGCCGCAGAGCUUACCUCUACUCGUCCGGACAGAGGAGGACGUUCCUAGCGGGCCACCUCGUAAAGUUGAGGUGGAGGCUGUCAACUCCUCAUCAAUUAAAGUGAUCUGGCGUUCGCCCACGCCCACCAAGCAGCACGGUCAGAUCCGAGGGUACCAGGUGCACUAUGUCAGGAUGGUUAAUGGGGAGCCCACAGGACAGCCAGUCAUCAAGGACAUCCUGAUUGAUGAUGCCCAGACGGAAUAUGAUGAUUCAACAGAACAUGAAAUGAUCAUUUCGGAGCUGCAGGCUGAGACCACAUACUCGGUGACAGUGGCCGCAUACACCACAAAGGGCGACGGCGCACGAAGCAAGCCCAAACUGGUCACCACCACCGGGGCAGUUCCAGAAAAACCCAGACUCAUGAUCAGCACCACCAACAUGGGCACGGCUCUCCUGCAGUGGCAUCCCCCCGCCUCCACCCAUGGCCCCCUACAAGGAUACAGGCUCAGAUUUGGGCGCAAAGACGUAGAACCUCUGACCGUCAUCGAGUUCCCCGAGCGCGAAAACCACUACACUACCAAAGAGAUCCACAAGGGGGCUUCCUACACUUUCCGCCUUUCCGCCCGCAACAAAGUGGGUUUUGGUGAGGAAACGGUCAAAAAUAUCACGACCAACGAGGCUGUACCGAGCGGCUAUCCUCAGAGCAUAUCAGCAGAGGGCGCCACUACCUCAACCGUGCAAGUAAACUGGCACCCGGUUCUUCUUGCCGAGCGCAAUGGGAAAAUAGUGAAAUAUGCGCUGCAAUACAAAGACAUCAACAGUCCCCGCAGUCCUUCUGAACUCUUCAUCACUGCUCCAGAGUCGACGGUCAUCCUCGAUGGACUUAGAGCAGACACCACUUACGAUAUUAAAAUGUGUGCCUUCACCAGCAAAGGCUCCGGCCCCUAUAGCCCCUCUGUUCAGUUCAGGACACAGCCUUUGGAUCAAGCAGUGUUUGCAAAAAACUUCCACGUGAAAGCUGCCAUGAAGACGUCCGUGUUGCUGACUUGGGAUAUUCCUGACACCUACAACCCAGCGCAACCAUUCACCAUCCUUUACGAUAAAGGCCAGAGCGUGGAAGUGGACGGGAAGCUGACGCAGAAGCUCAUAACGGGGCUGCAGCCGGAGACGCAAUACUCGUUUCUUCUGACCAAUCGCGGGAACAGCGCCGGGGGUCUGCAGCAUCGAGUGUCCACCAUGACGGCUCCCGACGUUCUACGCACCAAACCAUAUCUGAUCGGAAAGACCAACUCCGACGGCAUGAUGACCGUAGAGCUGCCGACGGUGCAUACUACUGAGAGAGUGAGGGGCUACUACGUUGUGGUGGUGCCUCUCAGAAAACAACGAAGCGGCAAGUUUUUCAAGCCGUGGGAGAAUCCUGAUGAGAUGAACUGGGAAGAGCUGCUGAAGGAGAUCAACAGAACAAAUCGGGAGUUUCGGUUCCGGAGGCAGCUGGAACCUCGGGCCUACAUCGCAGCCUACUUCAAGGAUCUGCCCAAAGGCUUCACGCUCGGAGAUGGAAAGAUGUAUGGCGAGUUCGAGAAUAAGCAGCUCCAGAGCGGACAUGAGUACAUCUUCUUUGUGGUGGCUGUUGUGGAGACGUCGGAAAAUGUUAUGUACGCCACCAGCCCUUACUCCGACUCCGUGGUCUCGGCGGACAACGACCCCCAGCCCAUCAUCGACGAAGAGGAGGGUCUGAUCUGGGUGGUGGGCCCCGUGCUGGCCGUAGUCUUCAUCAUAUGCAUCGUGAUCGCCAUCCUGCUUUACAAGAGAAAAAGAGCAGAAGCUGAAGCUCGUAAAGGAAGCCUCCCCAACAGCAAAGAAAUGCCGCUGCACCAUCCCACGGAUCCUGUGGAACUGCGCCGCCUCAACUUCCAAACUCCAGGUUCAGGUGCGUCCAGUCACCCCAGUAACCUCCAUUUGUCAAGUAUGGCCAACCACCCUCCCAUCCCGGUCAUGGACUUGGCGGAUCAUCUGGAGCGUUUGAAAGCCAACGACAACCUCAAGUUUUCUCAAGAGUAUGAGUCCAUUGACCCUGGGCAGCAGUUCACAUGGGAGCAUUCCAACCUGGAGGUCAACAAACCAAAGAACCGUUACGCCAACGUCAUCGCCUACGACCAUUCCCGUGUCCUUCUGUCCGCUAUUGACGGAAUCCCUGGGAGCGACUACAUCAACGCCAACUACAUCGACGGCUACAGGAAGCAGAAUGCCUACAUCGCCACUCAGGGCGCGUUGCCAGAGACCUUCGGAGAGUUCUGGAGGAUGAUCUGGGAACAGCGCAGCGCCAUCGUGGUCAUGAUGACGAAGCUGGAGGAGAGGUCCCGGGUGAAAUGUGACCAGUACUGGCCGACCCGGGGCACGGAGACCUACGGCCUGAUCCAGGUCACUCUGCUGGACACCGUGGAGCUGGCCACAUACUGCGUCAGGACAUUUUCACUUUUCAAAAACGGCUGCAGUGAGAAGCGUGAGGUCAGACAGUUCCAGUUCACAGCCUGGCCGGACCAUGGCGUUCCCGAGCACCCCACUCCCUUCCUGGCCUUCCUCCGGCGAGUGAAAGCGUGCAACCCUCCAGACGCCGGGCCCAUGGCUGUGCACUGCAGCGCCGGCGUGGGUCGCACAGGCUGCUUCAUCGUGAUAGACGCCAUGUUGGAGCGCAUCAAGCACGAGAAGACGGCCGACAUUUACGGGCACGUGACGCUAAUGCGCGCCCAGAGGAACUACAUGGUGCAGACGGAGGACCAGUACGUCUUUAUACACGACGCACUCCUGGAGGCCGUAAACUGCGGCACCACCGAAGUGCCCGCUCGAAACCUCUAUGCCUACAUCCAGAAGCUCACGCAGAUAGAAGGAGGCGAGAACGUCACCGGCAUGGAGCUGGAGUUCAAGCGUUUAGCAAACACUAAAGCCCAUACGUCGAGAUUCAUCAGUGCCAACCUUCCAUGCAACAAGUUCAAAAACCGCCUUGUUAACAUUAUGCCAUACGAAUCCACCCGAGUGUGUCUUCAGCCCAUUCGAGGAGUCGAGGGUUCCGACUACAUCAACGCGAGCUUCAUCGAUGGCUACAGGCAACAGAAAGCCUACAUCGCCACACAGGGGCCACUAGCAGAAACCACUGAGGAUUUCUGGAGGAUGCUUUGGGAACACAACUCCACCAUUGUGGUCAUGCUUACUAAGCUCAGAGAAAUGGGCAGGGAAAAGUGCCACCAGUAUUGGCCCGCAGAGAGGUCGGCCAGAUACCAGUACUUUGUGGUGGACCCGAUGGCCGAGUACAACAUGCCCCAGUACAUCCUGAGAGAGUUCAAAGUGACUGACGCCAGGGACGGCCAGUCACGGACGGUAAGGCAGUUUCAGUUCACGGACUGGCCUGAACAAGGUGUCCCUUCCCACGGCGCUGGCGGUGGGGAGGAGACCCCGGUGGUUUUCCAUCCACCCUCCAGCAUCGGUGUUGGAGGCGAAUGA